AUGGAAGGUUCCUUCCAACUCCUGGCCUCCUUGGUGUGCGUCAUCCUGAUGGGAUCAUUUGUGAGAACUAAAAGCGAUACCACCAGGAACUUGCUCGACACAGAGCUGCACAGUGCGCCGGCGCAGCGCUGGUCCAUGAAGGUGCCGGCCGAGGUGAGUGCGGCGGCGGGCGAGGCGGCAGUGCUGCCCUGCACCUUCACGCACCCGCACCGCCACUACGACGGGCCGCUCACGGCCAUCUGGCGCGCGGGCGAGCCGUACACGGGCCCGCAGGUGUUCCGGUGCGCGGCGGCGCGGAGCAGCGAGCUCUGCCAGACGGCGCUCAGCCUGCACGGCCGCUUCCGGCUGCUCGGCAACCCGCGCCGCAACGACCUGUCGCUGCGCGUCGAGCGCCUCGCGCUGGCCGACGACGGCCGCUACUUCUGCCGCGUCGAGUUCGCCGGCGACGCCCACGACCGCUACGAGAGCCGCCACGGCGUCCGGCUCCGCGUGACCGCUGCCCCGCGGAUCGUCAACAUCUCGGUGCUGCCCGGCCCGGCGCACACCUUCCACGCGCUCUGCACGGCUGAAGGGGAGCCGCCGCCCGCCCUCGCCUGGUCCGGCCCGGCCCUGGGCAACGGCUCGGCCGCCGUGCCGAGCCCAGGUCAAGAUCACGGCCACCAGGUGACCGCCGAGCUGCCCGCGCUGGCCCACGACGGCCGCUACACGUGCGCGGCCUCCAACAGCCUGGGCCGCGCCGAAGCCAGUGUCUACUUGUUCCGUUUCCACGGCGCCUCCGGGGCCGCGGCAAUCGCCCUCCCGCUCGGCGCGCUUGGCCUCAAGGUGCUGCUGCUGCUCGGAGUUCUGGCCGCCCGCGCCGCCGCCCGCCGCCGCCUAGAGUACCCAGUCACCCAGGAUGCCUCACCACGGCCCCAAGCUCAGGAGUCCAAUUAUGAAAAUUUGAGCCAGAUGAGUCCUCAGGGCCCACCAGCAGCCGUGUGUUCACCUUGAGGAGCCCAUUGGCCACCGGCAUCCCCUGGACACCAUGAGGAAUGAAGGCCAACAUGUGGCUUGGCUGGGAUGGCCCUUCCUGGCUCCCAGGCACCUUGGCAGCCCUAGCCUGGUGGCGCCCUGAGGUCAGGACCCUACUCACAGAGGCUCAGAGGUCUCCUACGUGGACUUCUGUCUCCAAGCCCCAGAGAUAAUUCUGUCAACGGGGCAGCAUUUUGCGCGCACGCGCAUGUGUGUGUGUGUGUGUGUGUGCGCCCGCACUCGCCCAUGAGCCCAGGUGACACUUCUGCAAAGCUCGUCUUGCCUUUGCUUACCUAGAACACCAUAGUAAAGCAGGCAGGACCCUGGUCAGAGGGGUCUCCAGGCCCAGGCUCCAUCCUCGUUCUGUCACCGACUUGCUGUGUGGACCAAGGCACUUUUUUCAAUUCUUUGGGUCUCUGUUCAUCCACUGUUGAACCCCGACAGUAACAGUCUUCUCUCCUGGCUUCGGGCUGUCAAGGUCUGAGGAAGCAGUGGAUGUGAAGGGACUUGGGGCAGCACAAAGCCGUCUAAAGGUGUGAGCGGUGUUACAGGCUCCUUUCAGAGAGACCUUGGGACGUCUAAACUUGGACAAGCAUAGCACCCACACCGGCCUCGCUGAGAGUAAGGAUUCCAGAGGGCAAGCCUGGGUCUGGGCUGUGCCACCCUGUGGUCCCAGGAACAUCAAAUCAGCAACAAGGAGAAACCCGGUAUCCCUGGCCCCUGGGGUCUCCUCUGUGACUGUCCCACACUCUGCCCUCCUCUCACCCCAUCGGCUCUCUGCACUGCCUUCAGCUGGGACCUCUGGGAAAAAGAAACAAAACACCCAUCAACUCAAAGCAUCUGGAACCCACUGUUCUUAAGGACCAAAAUCUGGGAGG